UACGUUGGAAAAAAGGUUAAUCAUUUUAUUUCCUUCUGAUUUUGUUCGAUCAUAACGAAAAAUAAGUACCGAGUAUAUAUAAGAUUUAUAAUAUAUUUAUUUUCGCAUAGAGUCCCGGUUAACGUGCUUUUUUAUUAUAGACUGGAAAUUUUUCUUUUAGUAGAUAAUUUAAUCUAAUUGAAUUGUUUUUCUCAGCAAAAGAUUUAGUAUCCAUUAAAUGUCUGAGUUCGAAACAAUGAGAAUUACAUUUUUACCGAAUAUGAAGUUCCAAGAAAAUAAUCCACACAUGUUUUUAGUUCCUUUCUAGAACUUUUUAUUGGUUCUUGUUCAAUAUUUAACAUCCUUGUAUUUAUAUUCAUCUAUAUUAUGGUCAUGUUUGACAAACAAGCUUUAGUCAUUGGAAAUGAUGAUUACGUACUACUGAACAAGUUAAAGUCGUGUGUCUACGACGCUGAAAUGAUGACUCAUUCUUUACAUUCAAUAGGUUUCAAUGUACAACCUGCGAUCAAUCUUGGAAAUAAGCAAAUGUUAUCAACCUGUCGUCAAUUUGCACAAUCUAUUCGUCCCGGCGCAACCGUUGUGUUCUACUUUUCUGGCCAUGCUGGUGAGUUUAAUGGGAAAAAUUAUUUGGCCGGAUUAGAUUCCAUUGGAGCCUUUGAUCUCAAUGUUCAAGACUUACUCAAAGAGAUGCAUCAAAAUCAACCAAGAGUGGUUAUCCUCAUUCUGGAUUGUUGCCGUAAUCGUCUCGAGCUUUUAUAUAAUUCUUAUGGUUUAAAUAAAAGCCCUCAAUUGAGAAAUGGUCUCGUACCAAUGGGAGGACCACCAUCAACGAUUAUUGCUUUUUCCAGCGCGGCAGGAAAAAGCUCUGAUGGUGCAGGUCCUGGUCAAAAUAGUUUGUACACCAAAUAUCUACUUCGUUAUAUUACGACACCAAAUAUGGAUAUUGAUAUCGUGCUGAAACAGGCAGCUGUAGGUGUUCAAAGAGCCUCAAUAAAUGGUCAAAUACCAUAUCUGUAUUCGAAUUGUAACGAACGUAUUUGUUUGAAUGUUCUUCCAUGGCCCAGUAUUAACACUUGGCCCAAUGCUAUGCAAUUCAAUCCUCUCAUGAUGAUAUCAGAUCGUCUUCGACAGCAAAAUCAAUAUGUGACUCAGAGUAUUUGGCCUCACAUCGGAAACUUUUCCUAUCCCUACUAUGGCCAUGUUGGCAUGAUAAAUAAUCAAUAUUCAGUGUAUGGAAAUCCAUGGUACAAUAUCUUCAGAUCUCCUUAUACAUAA